GAAAUGUUGUCAUACGGAGAGUCAAAAGUCGAACUCAAAACAGAUUGUGAAAGAUGAGUUCUUCAGCAAAAACGUACCUUCUGCAUUUUGUAUGAUCCGAGACAUCAGGCGAAAGUCGGCGUGUUAUUUGGAGUUCAAAAGAAAUUCCCCAUCAGAUCUCGCUGACUUGCAGUGGAUGUUGUCAGACACUGAAGAGCGCACAUGGGGGGGACUGACACAAUAUGUAUCAUUCUCGGAGCCAUGUUAUUCAUCAAGUCAAGUACAACUUUAUUGUCAAAUGUGCAGAGGACGUAAGCGCUCAAAUGUCCUGGUUUUCCAGCCCUGUGUACAGUCGAUACUGGCAGCACUACCGGCAGGCGAUGGCCUGGCACCAGAGGCACAAGCGAGCCUACCAGAAGGCCUUAGAGGCUGCUUACGGCCCCAUCUACCACCGCCAGAGAGAGCGCUAUUCAGACUGGCAUGCAUGGGAAAGUGACAGAGAAGAAGGGGAGAGUAGCUCGGACACUGAGAUCGAAUGCGACGUCAGUAACAUGGAAAUUAGCGAGGAGCUUCGGCAGUAUUUUGCCCAGACAGAGAAACAUAGAGAGGAAUUAAAGAGGCAGCAACAACUCGAUGCCAAGCAACAGGACAGCUACGUCCCAGCCGAUCAGGACUUGCGUGGCACCUCACGGCAAGCCAGCGUGGCCCCGCCCUCUGAGCGGCCAGGUGAGAGGCGUGGGGCUGAGAUGAAGAAGCUGUAUGGUGAGGAUGCAGCCAAGAUCUUGGCCAUGGAGGCGGCGAUGCAGCUCACUUUUGACAGAAACUGUGACCUGAAGCAACCCAAGUACUGGCCCGUCAUCCCCCUCAAACUUUAGCAUUCAGUCUGUGGAGGCUUUUAUUUAUUUGAUAUAUUAAAAGUGGAACAACUGGAGUUUCUCGAAAAUCAUGUUGGGACACUUCCCAUUUCAAGAUUAGCAAUAGUCCACGUUUGAAAACGCUGCAGCUUUUAGUCA